GACUCCCCCCCUUAGGACAUUCUCACAGCCUCAAAUUCUUACUCAGUCUUAAAAUAGGAAAGUGGCCCAUGGGGCACCAACUGCAAAACAACAACAGCAACCAACAGACUUCUGUUCCUAGCUGCAGUCACCUAAGAGAUCUGAGGGAAUAAACAGCAGCAGUGAGCUGGCAAAGCAGACCAAAGUGUCUUUCUGUCGUCGCUCAAGCUGGACUGAAACUCCAAUCUCCUCGUUUACUCUCUUCUAUACCCCCGGCCCUCUUUUAAGACCAUCAGUCAAAGUGAAGAAACUUUUUCCCCCCUUUUUUUUCACUGAGGGCAGUGACAUCUCUGUUCAUUCGGUGAAUUGCUUUCUCUGCGUCUCUCCUCUCUUUACCUCUGUUUUGCAGAAAGAAGGAUGUCUUUCCCUUGGACAGGUAUGCUUUUGCUUAGUUUUCUGCAGCCACUGGAAACCCUGAUGAAAGAAGAAGCUGUCCCGUAUAUAGAAGGAAACUAUGCACCCUCCAGAAUGGAGGCAAAGGCUGGAGAAGAUCACUUACAAAGACACGUCAACUCCCAAGGCGUCCUGAUGGAGCAACUUGGAGAACUGGGCAGGAUGAGAGACUUAGGACCAACUGCCAACCAUGAAGAGCAACAGUUCUCAGAGGAACAGCUGAGGUGGAGAAGAACACGUAGAGGAACAAAAGACAGUGAUGCCAAGUCAGUUCAGCAGUAUGUUCCAGGAGUCAAAGUAGAAUUUCCUCGGCCUGCGAGCCCAGCCACAUUACAGCCAACGGAGCCUCCAGCACCAACCAGCACAGGUCCAUUUGAGCCCCACCAACAGAGCCCCGCGGUCUAUGGUAAUAGAGAGGCCCAGGUUAAUAGAACUGUGGCACUAGGAAAGCGUUUUCAGAUACAGAACCCUCUCUAUCCAGUGACAGAAAGCUCUUAUAGCGCUUAUGCUGUCAUGUUCCUGUCCCUCAUUGUCUUUGCUGUGGGCAUCGUUGGGAACCUCUCGGUCAUGUGCAUUGUCUGGCACAACUACUAUAUGAAAAGUGCCUGGAAUUCCAUUUUGGCCAGUCUUGCUUUCUGGGAUUUCCUUAUCCUCUUCUUCUGCCUACCUGUGGUCAUCUUCAAUGAAAUUACCAAGAAGAGACUGCUGGGAAACUUCUCCUGUCGCCUUGUGCCCUUCAUGGAGGUGACCUCUCUGGGAAUCACCACCUUCAGCCUCUGUGCCUUGGGCAUUGACAGAUUCCAUGCGGCUACCAGCCCUCAAGCCAAGCUCCGCCCGAUUGAACACUGCCACUCCAUCAUUGCCAAGCUGGCUGUCAUUUGGGUGGGUUCCAUGACCCUUUCAAUCCCAGAGCUCCUUCUUUGGCAGCUGGCACAGGAUACCUCACCAGUCUCUGGUGUAGUGUCUGACUACUGCACAAUGAAACCUUUUCAGGAGCUGCCCGAGUCCAUUUACUCUCUGGUUCUCACUUAUCAGAAUGCUAGAAUGUGGUGGUAUUUUGGAUGCUACUUCUGCCUGCCGAUCCUCUUUACCGUCAGCUGCCAGCUGGUCACCAGAAGGAUCAGCAGCACAGAGAAGACCGAAUGCCGUGGCAAUAAGCAUGGGCAGUGUGAGAGCCAACUCAACUGCACAGUGAUUGGCCUGACAGUAAUCUAUGGUCUCUGCACCAUCCCUGAAAAUGUCAGUAAUAUUGUUGUGGCCUAUCUGUCUCCUGACAUGACGAAACAGACUUUGGACCUAUUAAGCUUGGUCAACCAGUUCUUCCUGUUCUUCAAAUGUUCAGUUACUCCUGUGCUUCUAUUAUGCCUUUGCAAACCCCUGGGGCAGGCCUUCAUGGACUGCUGCUGCUGCUGCUGUGACGAAUGUGGUCAAGAAACUACUUCCAGUGAUAGUGGUUCUGAAAGCAAAAUCAAAACCGAGAUGUCCUCAAAUAUUUUCUUUGACAAGACCAGAGAGUCACCUCCCCCCGUAGGGUCCAUUGGCACUCCAUGCUAAGUUCAAUCAUCCUAGUGGUAGAUCAACAGCAAUUCUUCCGCUACCCUUUUCCCAAGACCAAAAGUUGUGAUUUUCUUUUAGUAUUAAUUGGUGAAAUAGCUGGACACUGGAGCUGGGAGCUGGUGUGUAUCAUCUGCUUGUUCCAGCACUGUCUUGUAAGAACAACUUAAAAACAAGGCAUCACCAAUAGCUACUGUAUCUCUUCUCUGUUGAACAGCUAUCAAGGGUACCAUUGACUGCCCUGAUCUACCACAGAUAGAAAGGAUGCUGUUCUGAAUGCGAAAGAUGCUGUGGAAAGGCCCACUUGCAACCCUUUCCAGAAUGGAGAAAUCACCUGUUUUAAAAGAGUUCAUAGUACACACUAACCUAUUCUGCACUGAUGCAGGACCAGUACUGUCCUCUACUUCAUGUCUGCCCCAGAGACAGCCUUGUACACAAAGUCAGCACUAUCCUAGCCUCAAUAAACCAGUAGACUAAGUAGAAAAAGGUUCCCGUCAUUUUAUUCAAAAUGUGGUUGGACAAUUGAUCAUUCUGUCAGUAUUUCUAUUAAAAAAAGUUAAUUUGUCCAGACUGUAUAAACUAGAAUUCUUGUUUAACCAAGGAAUCAGGAUUUUCCACCAGGUUUCACUGUAUCUUGUGGUGUGUGUGUUUGUGUGUGUGUCUGUGUGUGUGUGUGCAGGGGGGUGGGGGGUUUACAGGAACUGGUUCUGGGUUUUUUUAUUCACACUUAUUUUAUUCGUUUUAUACCGUUUGGGGUAUUUUGAUCUAUCCAUGGUUUCAGGUGACUACACUCAUAUGUUGUACUUUAGUGUAGAGCAAUUAACUCAUUGUGGCAUCAAUAGCAGCUUUCUUGGCAAUUUUCUCUGUUCUUUCGGGCAUCCAGUUUUUUUUCCUUUUAUAUCUUAAUCUUUGACAGUCUCUUUUCGCACUCAUGUUUACCAACUUCUUUAUUUCAUUCUACAAUUCCUAUUAAUGAGGCUCAGAAAUUUAAAGUACAGGCUGAUGUUUUCCUUCAAAAUGAUGGGUCGAUUGUACCACUGGGAACUGCAUGGCUUUGUUCUUCUGCUUUAGUUCUUUCAUUUGAAACAUGCACAUUAUCUGUUCCACAAUUUUCUCCUGGCUCUUUGCUGUUGUAAUGGAGAUUUUCCACCACCUUGUGACAAUACUCUAAAGGUAGUCCUGACUUAUAACCACAGUUGGGACUGGAACAUCUGUCACUAAGCAAUGCAAUUAAGUAAGCUACGGCUAAUU